AUGCUCUUCAUAGCAUGUGUUGACAUCGUCUCUGAGAAGCUAUGUAUGUCUCGCCUCACGUGUAGGUCAGUGCUAUGUCUAGCAACCAAUCAGCAUUUCCAUUAUUCCAUCCGGAGGUAUCUGACGCAGGGCAGGACAUCCUCCAUUAAGGAACGGUACCCAUUCGCGCUCUGUAAGACGUACGCGUGGUUAGGUUCCCUAGUCUCGGCACGCCAGGGUGGAGCACUCUCCUGUUCCACACCUCAUCGGACUGGACCCCUUGCGUAUGUGGUCAAGGGGCUUGCGGGAAAAUUCUUAGUACUAUGUCGUUGCCCAGCACGCAAAUCCCAUCCACCAUCCCCCAUAACAAACGAGGACGCAUGUUAUCACUGCACCUUCUUUCCCAUCGCCCAUAGUGACAUCGUCUCUGUCUCCUGGAUGCACUCGUCUGAAAUUCUUAUCACCAUUCAUAUCCAUCCGUACAUUCCAUCUCUGGACAAGCCUCGGAGCCAUCCAAGUCGCAAUCCGGCCACCGCCGCCCCAAGUCGAAGCAAUUCCGAAAAUGGAGGAAACCGCGUAACAAUUACAUCGACAACAAUAACGCGGCCGAAUAAGAGACAGAAACGCUCGCAUGGAGAUGGGAUAGUGCAGGGGCCGACGUCACAAAAACAUACCGGAGACGCUGUAGUUUUUGAUCAUACGCCACCGCCGUCUCCGACAAAAAGUAACGUCGAGAUGCAGGAAUCCCACAGCGACUCCGAAUCUGCCACUCACAUGAAGAUCGAGGGAAUCAACGACGAGAUUGUAGAAGCUACUAUUGCCCAAUUACAGGCCACCUGUAACCGACCUCAUCUGGUGCGAGAGCUGGCAACUGUGCUUUCGCAGCAGAUUCCAAUUGUCAAGAACUCUGCAAACCCAUGCGCCAUUGUUUCUUCCCGCCUCUCCGCCUACCUGAAGCGUUCCUGUUGGAGUGGUCGGGUACCUUGCCCAAUGGCUAAGGAACUCGAAAAGAUACACCCACGCCGGACAUAUUUUUAUCUCACAACGCGGCCAAGACUGCCUUUCCCAGACUCUCCGGCCUUCGCUCAGCGUGUAGUCAUCUCUCCAUCUCUCUCCAGCAUCGCAUCUGGAUCCGAAGAUGGUGACGACAUCGACCUUCGCCGGCGGGAUUUAAGCCCCUCCCCCGAGGUUGAUCUUUCCUCUCCUGAAUUUGAUGAUGGUGACGACGACUUUGCCAUGCCUACUACUCCCGUCGGGUCCCUACCAAGCAGCUUCCGGUACUCAAGAAGUCAACGCAGUGCCUCUCCUCCGCUGGAAAAGGAUGAACGAGAGUUUACGCAAACGGCAGACGGUCUGCAGAAACGCAAGCUCGCCCGCGAACUAUCUUCAACGGGCAAUGGCGAGCAAUCUGCCAACGCCUUUGAACCGGCUCGGGAUUAUGGCAUGUUCGACGAGAAAACCGGCGUGGCCGUUAACAGCGGGUUGGCAAAUAUGCAUCAGUUCAUGACAAGCCCAGCCUUCAAGGCAACCGUCCCGGCGAGCGUCAGAAAGGAAAGUGACGGCGACAGCUGGUUCAAGCUAGGGGGCCUCCUAGAAUGGGAUCAUAGCCCUGAAAGCAUUGAACUUGAUGAGCUCGAUUGCAUGGCCCACGUCCCGUAUCAGCGUACGGAGUGUCGACUGAUUAUGUUAUGGGCAAACCAAUGCCAGCUGGCGUUGCUGGAUGACGGCGAAAACAAUUGUGGAACCAGGGCAUACGAUAGCGUGAAGUUGAUUUCGUUUGGAAGUACAAUUAGGGAAUGGGCGGAUGUCUUUCUUGUAUUAGUAGUUGUAAGAGCAGCUGGUUCCGAGGAAGUUUGUGCCGGCUUGAUAUUGGAAUUCAAGCCGGGGGGAUAG